AUGUUCAACUCCUGGUUCUACAGAAACAUUGAUGUGUUCUACGAAACUGCAGAUAUUGCCAAGAGGAAAAAUUACCACAUGGUUUGUGUGCUGGAGAGGCAAAUAUUUGAUUUCCUUGGAUAUCAGUGGGCACCUAUCCUGGCAAAUUUUGUACAUAUUAUCAUCGUCAUCCUUGGUUUGUUUGGAACUAUUCAAUAUAGACCUCGUUACAUAACAGGAUAUGCUGUCUGGCUAGUCCUCUGGGUGACGUGGAACGUGUUUGUUAUCUGCUUCUAUUUGGAGGCGGGGGAUCUCUCAAAGGAAACAGACCUUAUCCUGACAUUUAAUAUUUCAAUGCACCGAUCUUGGUGGAUGGAGAAUGGACCAGGAUGUAUGGUGACAUCUGUGACGCCAGCUCCAGACUGGGCCCCAGAAGACCAUCGAUACAUCACUGUCUCAGGGUGUUUUCUGGAGUACCAAUACAUAGAAGUGGCUCAUAGUUCCCUCCAGAUCAUCCUCGCACUGGCGGGCUUCAUCUACGCCUGUUACGUUGUGAAAUGUAUAACUGAAGAAGAGGACAGCUUUGACUUCAUAGGUGGCUUUGACUCUUAUGGAUAUCAAGGACCUCAGAAGACAUCUCAUUUACAACUACAACCAAUGUACAUGCAAAUUCCCUUGGAUAACAACUGA